AAAACAAACAUGUAUCUUCUAUUUUGCUCCUGCAGGACUUCCUCAUUCCCGCUGUGACGUCACCGUCCAGCCCUUCCUGCUGUCUCAGCUGGAGAAGCUGCUGCUGCAGGAAGAGGAAGAGGAGGAAUAGAAGGCUGUACCUGCGAUAGAUCGGUCAAAACACAACAGGUCACCAUGAGUCAGCGGACAGAGCGACGGGGCAUACACGUGGACCAAUCAGACCUGCUGUGCAAAAAGGGAUGCGGCUACUAUGGAAACGCAGCGUGGCAGGGCUUGUGCUCCAAGUGCUGGAGGGAAGAGUACCAGCGGGUUCGGCAGAAGCAGAUCCAGGAGGACUGGGCCUUGGCAGAGAAGUUGCAGCGGGAGGAGGAGGCGGCGUAUGCCAGCAGUCACGGAGCUCACUCCCAGUCCACGGCUCCGCAGCAGCAGCCGGGUCACGCCUCCCACGGCCCCUUCUCCAAGUUUGAGGAGAAGAAGACCAACGAGAAGACGCGGAAAGUGACCACCGUUAAGAAGUUCUUCAGCCCGUCAUCGCGCACCACUUCCAAGAAAGAAGCCCAGGAGAGUAAGACCAGUCCAUCCAUCAGCCGCCACGCCAGCUUUGAUACGGACCAGGUGUCCAAAGACUUUGUGGACUUCUUGAAGAACCUCCAGAAACCUGGCCGGGAAAUCCACAAGCAGUGCAGAUCCUUCCUCGUGAACAUGUCAAGCAAGAAGGACCUUAAUGCCGAUGAACUGUCAGAGUGUGUUCAGGACUUCUACCAGAGCUUGGCUGACCGCUUGUUGGGCCACUUUAAAGGAUCCUCAGAAUCUGUGGAGCAAGUGAUGGACCAGGUGGAAAAGUACAUCAUGACUCGUCUGUAUAAAAGCGUCUUCUGUCCAGAAACCACUGAUGAUGAGAAAAAGGACCUGGCCACACAGAACAGAAUACGGGCUUUACACUGGGUGACCAUCCAGAUGCUCUGCGUGUCCUUUGAUGAAGAAAUCCCUGAAGUGUCUGAGAAUGUGGUCAACGCAAUAACAGAUGUCAUUGAAAUGGACUCAAAGAGGGUUCCUCGAGAGAAACUGACCUGCAUCACUCGCUGCAGUAAACACAUCUUCAGUGCCAUCAGGAUAACAAAGAACGAGCCGGCGUCCGCUGACGACUUCCUGCCCGCGCUCAUCUACAUCGUGCUCAAGGCCAAUCCACCGCGACUCCAGUCCAACAUCCAGUACAUCACCCGGUUCUGCAACCCCAGCAGGCUGAUGACGGGAGAGGACGGAUACUACUUCACCAAUCUGUGCUGUGCAGCAGCCUUCAUCGAAAAGUUAGACGCUCAGUCUCUCAACCUUUCCCCGGAGGAGUUUGAGCGCUACAUGUCGGGCCAAGCGUCCCCUCGACUCGGUGGCUCGGAGGGCGACUGGUCUCAAUCUGACGGCGGCGCGGCCGUGACCCCCACCAACCCGGCUCUGGCCCAGAUCAACCAAAAUCUGGAGCUGCUGUCGAGCCUCAGCAGCCGGCAGGAGGUCCUGAUGGGGGCGGCGCAGAGCAUGCAGGCCGAUCUCCUGUCCUGGACUGAGAAUAUACAGAAGGAGGUCCACGACAUCUUGGAGAAAUAUCCACUGGACAUCAUGACUUCCACUGUUUCUGCCAUUGAUGACAACAACCUGGAUAAUGACAACCUGCCUUCCCCCAUCAAACCCCAGGUGUUUGCUGGCUAAAGAUGCUGACAAAGGGAGGGGAAACAUGUCACUUAACAAGGGCACACCCAGUACUCGAGUUGUAAA